AAAGGUUUGAAUGUGUAACAAAGGAACGGAUCUUUCGAAAAAAUUGCGACAAUUUCUAUUGGUUGGUUGCAGUUAGCGAAAAAAGCGAGAAUUUAUAUGGGCCGCUUGUAUGACUCCUUAUUUAUCGCCGUAUCCGUCUCUAACUCGGCCUUUUAAAGGCCCAUUCUCCCCAAUUUCAUACAUUACAUAAAAAAAACCCGUUCCCAUUCGAAACUCUUCUCCUUCGCAGUCGCCUCUUUUUACACACAAAUGUCGUGCUUCAAAUCCAAAUUCGCCGAUGAGCUCAUCGCCAAUGCCGCUUACAUCGGUACUCCAGGAAAAGGUAUUCUCGCUGCUGAUGAAUCCACUGGAACAAUCGGAAAACGUUUCGUAAGCAUUAACGUCGAGAACGUUGAAUCAAACAGACGUGCUCUUCGUGAGCUCUUGUUCACUACUCCUGGAGCUCUCCAAUACAUCAGUGGUAUCAUCCUCUUCGAGGAAACACUCUACCAAAAAACUGCUUCAGGGAAACUGUUUGUUGAUGUGAUGAAGGAAGCUGGAGUGCUUCCAGGUAUCAAAGUCGAUAAGGGAACCGUUGAGCUAGCUGGUACUAAUGGUGAAACCACAACCAUUGGUCUUGACGGGCUUGGUGACCGUUGCAAGAAAUACUAUGAAGCUGGUGCACGUUUCGCUAAGUGGCGUGCUGUUCUCAAAAUCGGAAAGGAAGAGCCUUCUGAGUUAGCUAUCCAUGAGAAUGCUUACGGUUUAGCUAGAUACGCAGUUAUUUGCCAAGAGAACGGUCUUGUCCCUAUUGUUGAACCAGAGAUUCUUGUUGAUGGAUCUCAUGAUAUUGAGAAAUGUGCUUCUGUUACGGAACGAGUCCUUGCGGCUUGUUACAAGGCUCUUAGUGAUCACCAUGUGAUCUUGGAAGGAACUCUCUUGAAACCAAACAUGGUUACUCCAGGUUCUGACAGUGGCUCCAAGGUUAAACCUGAAGUGAUCGCCGCGCAUACGGUUCGUGCUUUACAAAGGACGGUUCCUGCAGCGGUUCCGGCUGUUGUGUUCUUGUCUGGUGGACAGAGUGAGGAAGAAGCAACUGUGAAUUUAAACGCUAUUAAUCAGCUCAAAGGUAAGAAACCAUGGAGCUUNAGCCUGCAAUAUGUAAAGUAUUUAUGA